GGGCGAGGGAAAGAAGGGCGGGAUAGAUCAAAGAAAGUUCAGUCUGUGAAAAUUGGCGGUUUGCGCUUGUUUGUAUGUGUGUGUGUGUGGUGUGUCUGGUGUAUGUGUGUCGGGUCUUUCUUGCCUCUGGCAUUGAAAGGUCCUGGUGUAGGUUACAGAUUGUGAAAUUUGUCUCACACAUGUCCGGGCUAGUAAAAAUGUUCAAAGUUUGCUGACUGCUCAGCAUAACUUGGUCAGACAGGACCAGGGAAACUGCAGUCCCAGCCAGGGAAGGAACUUUCACCUACACCGCAAGUCUCAGUCUCAGUCUCAGUCUCAGUCUCAGUCUCUGUCUCUGUCUCUGUCUCUGUCUCUGUCUCUGUCUCUCUCUCUCCAGCAGAUGGAACCAGUCUCUCUCCCAGCGCUGUCCCGCGUCGCCCUCUGCGGCGGUACCCAUGGCAACGAGAUGUCGGGUGUGUACCUGGUGAGGGAGCUGCAGAGGCAGAAGCUGGAGAAGGCAGGGUCAGCGACCUUGACCACGGUCAUAUCCAACCCGCGUGCCGUCCAAGUGUGCAAAAGAUACACCGACACGGACCUCAACCGCUGUUUCACUGACGCCAUUCUCAGUUCACCUGUGACGGACGCCACCCCGUACGAGGUGAGGCGAGCCCAGGAGCUGAACACUCUACUGGGGCCCAAGGGCAACGUGGGGGCCAUGGAUCUGGUGUGUGACCUCCACAACACCACAGCCAACAUGGGCCUCAGCCUCAUCUCCUACUCUGUCCAAGACUGGGUCAUCAUGCACAUCUAUAGACAAAUCCAGAGGAAGAUAACCUCAGCGCCCGUGAGGUUAAUCCUGCUGGAUCUACCCUUAGCUGAUGCCUACUCUCAGGACUCCCUGGGCAAGCAUGGCUUCUCGAUAGAGGUGGGACCUCAACCCCAUGGUGUGGUCAGAGCCGACAUCUUCAACAUCAUGAAGGAGGCGGUCGACCAGACACUAGAUUGGGUCCAGUGCUUCAACUCAGGAUGUGCCUUUGAAGGUGGCGAGGUGGACGAUGUGUACACCUUUGUGAAGAGUGUAUACUACCCAAGAGACCCAGAGACCAAUCAAAUCGCUGCUGCCAUACAUCCCCAACUACAGGACCGUGACUUCUGCCUCCUCCAUCCGGGAGAUCCCAUGUUCCUGAUGUUUUCUGGGGAGAUACUUAAGUACGAAGGGGAAGAAGUCCUCCAUCCUUUCUUUGUGAACGAGUGUGCGUACUAUGAGAAGAGUAUUGCCUUCCACCUGGCGCGAAAGAUGACAGUCACUAUACCCCCCUUGCAAGUGAAGAGAGAUUGAUGAAGGGAAAGGGGGAGGAACAAAGAGUUUAAAGAGUGAGAGAAUUAAAGAGAAAACACACACAGAACCUUAAGAAGCACUAACUAGUCUAACCUCAUUUUCAAGUGAUUUUUAAUUCCAUUGUUUUUUUAUCAUCACCAAAUAACCUCAGGAAUACUGUAUGUGAAAUUAUGCACAGCUCAAUGCAAUAAUCUAGUAUGUCAAUUAAACAUGUCAAUUUUU